UCCCCCGGAAACGUAGGAGUGUAUUAUCUCUGCACAGUUGUAAACUGGCUUCAUUUAUAUAGCCAAUGCAUUCAACAAACGGGAUGUAGUGAAGGGGCGAGCAGCCCCACGAUGAUCAGCGGGACGUUGAUGCAAGUGAACUCCUCGAUGGCCUGAAUGCUUUGUGAAGAAGCAGCAGCUCCCGCAGGGACGGGACCAGCGCGCUUGGUUUAAGAGUUGGCAGAAAUCCACUUUUACUCCGCCUGCCGAUCCGCUUCCUCCGCUGAGCAUUUAAACUUCCGUAGCAGAGGCGUUGUCACCAGAGCAGGAAGGCUGUGGGCCACGAAUCUCGCAACACCAUCUCCACCAAAAAGAGGAAGUUUGGGUCUGCCGUUUUCGCAUCGUUGGAGGGCAACAGGGGAACAAGCAUAUAUUGCAGCGAGAUUUAAGGAACUUUGAAAAUGACAGAUGACUUUGCUACCCAUGCCUGCUGAGGAGGAUUUCGUCACUCACUUCCCGCUGAAAAGCUAUCUCGCCACAUUAAAAAAUCCUAACGUAAGAGCGGCAAGUGGAAUGAGCGCCGAUCAGCUUCUUCAGGCACAAAGAUAUCAAUUCGUCACCAUUCUCGGAAGAAGCUCAGUAGAAAACUUUGAGACAAUCCUUGAUCAUUUAUUAGCAUGGGAUCUUCUAAAUUGGGAAGAAUAUGAAACUGUGAAAUUAUCGCGACAUCUGUUUAGUUCCAGUCGUAAUCUCCUUGACGUCAUAAUUUGCAAAGGGACAAGAGCCUGCGAACUUUUUAUCGUUGUUUUGAAAAAUAUCUUUCACAGCUCACAGCUGAGUGGUUUACUGCUGAUGAACUAUAAUCCUCCAGAAGAGACUGACAAAUCUACAGCUACAUCACUGGCUUCCCAGACUCUUCAAAAACGUAGACCUGACUUAGUAAGAAAGUUGCAUGGACGCACUGCAGCUGUAUUAGCACUUCUGCAUGGCUGUGGCCAUUUUUCGAAAUACGAAUGUGAUGAGAUUCAAUUGCCAAUAUACACACCUUCCCAGCAGGCACGAAAGCUUCUAGAUCUCACCAAAGGAAAGGGGGAUGAUGCAGCUCAUGUCCUGUUAGAGUAUAUUGAAUCCGAACCUGGACCUAUCAAGCUGGUGCUCGAUAAUGCAUGCAUAAAGUAUCAGGAAAAAUUGAGUUCAACACUGGCUGCCCAGUCCCGAUUUCUAACUAAUUAUGCAGGAACAGAAAAUAUGUGUCUAGAGGAUGUUUAUGUGAAUUGUAUCUUGGAAAUAACCAACACUACUUCAGAAAGUGGCUGCUUACGGUCUCUUAUUGGGCUGGAAGAUAUCUUUGGACCAGAUGGUGUAUUAAAUAAAGAUGCAGACGUGGUGUUGAUCAUUGGGGAAGCAGGAAGUGGGAAAAGCACUUCACUACAGCAAAUGCAACAGUUAUGGGCAACAAAACAAGCAUUCCAGGAAUUCACAUUUGUAUUUGCAUUCAGCUGUCGAAGGUUAAACUUCAUUGAUACAGAAGUAUCACUCAGAAUGUUACUGUUUGAACAUUGCUGCUGGCCAGAUGAUCAUCAAGAUGAGGUUUUCCAAUAUAUUCUGGAUCAUCCUGAAGAAAUCAUGUUUAUGCUUGAUGGGUUUGAUGAACUUAAGUUCCAGUUUACAGAUGAGGAAAGGCACUGUUCUCCCACCAAGCCCACCACUGCACUGAAUCUGAUCUUUAAUCUUCUCCAAGGGAACUUGAUGAAAAGCACUAAAAAAGUUAUGACCAGUCGGCCAAGUGCUGUGACUGCUAUGUUAAGGAAAUAUCUGCAGAAAGAAAUUACUUUAAAAGGUUUCUCACGUGAGGGAAUUGAAGCAUUUAUAAAGAAAUGCCAUAGCAACACCUCAAAUGCAGAACAUAUUUUAUAUUUUGUUGAGGCAAACUCUGCUGUUCACGGGCUCUGUCAUGUGCCCUUCUUCUGUUGGAUUGUAUCAAAUUGCCAUGAGCAGCUAAUGCAGAACAGUGGUGAUUUCACUCAGACAAUGACUGACAUCUAUCUUCUGAUCCUGGAUCACUUUCUAUUGCAUUUUACACACAACAGCCAGGGAGUAAAUGAAAUUCUACAGAGCCAAAUUGCUACUAUCCUCCACCUUAGCAAGUUAGCAAUGGAUGGUUUAAUCUCAUGUAACUACGUAUUUUCAGCUGCACAUCUACAAGAGGCUCAGAUAUCUAAAGAAGACAUUUCUUUGGGGUUUCUUGUUCAUAGUCAUAGUUUUUCCCGUGCAUGGACUGCUAAUAAGAAUAAGAAUUAUGAAUUUCUUCACAUCACUAUCCAGUGUUUCUUUGCUGCACUCUAUAUCACUAUAAGUGAUAAUGUAGGAGAAUCUACCCUUUACUCGUUGUUCAAAUCUAGAGAGAAGGGAACAUCGUCCUGUAUGAUGUCAGCAGCUUGCAUUGAAAGUUUCCCAUUCAGCUGCCUCCAGUCUAAUGUGGAGCCUGAAAGGAGACGCAAGACUAUGUUACAGGAAGCAGAGAAAUCGAACCUUCAGAUAACAGCAAACUUUGUUUCUGGGCUUUUGUCAGGUAGACACAGGAAUCUGAUACAGAAAUUUUCAGGCAUCCCGAAGCAAUCCAAGAAGUACAAACUGGUUAAGAACUACUUGGCAAAGGGCAUUGAGAAACAUUUCCUAUCCAUACCACCAGCUGUUGGUGAGGAGAAGAAAAGCAUGCAUGCAUUGCCUGAAUUUGUAUGGUGGAUCAAAUGCAUUUAUGAAAUGCAGGACAAUGAUUUAGCCAAACAAGCUGUUAGUAAUCUGGAGGUGGAUCACUUGAAGCUGACCUAUUGUGGAAUAGGGCCGGUUGAGUGCACUGCCCUUGCUUAUGUCCUCAAACACUUGAAAAAUCCUAUGGGAUUACAAUUGGAUUACAACUCAGUUGGUGAUAUAGGAAUUGAACAGCUUCUUCCCUGCUUGAUUAAUUGCCAGUCUAUUUACCUCCGGGCAAAUAAUAUUUCUGAUCGCGGAGCCUCCAAAUUGGUCGAUCAAGCUCUUGGCUGCUGCAAUUUACAAAAGAUUGCAUUGUUUCAUAACAAUUUAACUGAUGCAAGUGCCCAGAAUUUUGCAAAGCUUCUUAAACACAAGAAGAACUUUAUAGCACUAAGGCUGGGCAACAACCAUUUAACAGCUGCUGGGGCAAAAAUACUGGCAGAAGGUUUAAAACAAAACAACUCCAUCCAGUUCUUGGGACUUUGGGGAAACAAAGUUGGAGAUGCUGGUGCCUCUGCUAUUGCAGCAGCUCUUGAAAAUAACACUAGUCUCUUGUGGCUGAGCCUUGUCGGUAAUAACAUUGGCAGUGAAGGUGCCAGGGCUUUGGCUUUAAUGUUGAAAAAGAACACCAUUCUGGAGGAGCUGUGUCUUCAGGAAAACAAUUUAAUUGAUGAGGAUAUAGAGCACUUCAUAGAAGGACUGCAGAACAACUCAAGCUUAAAGGUUCUCAAGCUGUCUAAUAAUAAGAUAACCAAAAAAGGAAUGGAAUUUAUUGUUACUGCCCUAAAGCACAAUACUACCAUUACAUCAAUUUGGUUAGGAAGAAAUCAAAUGACUGCCAUGGAGAUUGAAGAGAUGACCAGAGCAGAAAGGAGACUGACAUUUUGAUCAAAAACUUUGACCUUUUAUUGCUGGUCUCACAAAGAACUGUGCUGUCCCACUUUAUUUAUUUAUAGAUGUGAGAGGGUCAUAUUUAUGAAUCUUAUUCUUUAAUAAACAUUUUUUACUUUAUCAAUCA